CCUAGGAUGUACUGGGUUGGGUCGGACCCUAUUAUUUUAGGGCUGGGUCGUAAACCCCUCCAAAAAAAUAAAAUAAAUAAAAAAUAAAUAAAUUAAAAAACCUUCUUUCUCUUUCCUCGAAAAAAAAAACAAAAAACUUCUCUGUUCUUCGUAGUCGGCGAAUUCAGAGACGUCAUCAGUGUGUAUUUUUCUGUUCAAUCUUUAGCUCGGGAAAUCAUUCAAUAUGGGACUGAAAAACAUCAGGUCGGAUGCUACGAAGAAAGCAGAUCGGAAAUUUGAGAAGAAACUUGAGUUUUAUUCGAAAGUCAGAGAGACAGUUGCUUCAUUGAGUGUUACGAAGGCGAUUACAAAGAAAAGCAAGAGUGCAAGAAAACGGGAAAAGAAAUUAAAAGCUUAUGACCUAUCCCUCCUCAAUGAAGUCUUACCUGAGGUGAAAGAAUCACAACAACCUGCUCCUCCACCUAAAAAAUUGAACUGCAAAUCCAGACAGAAACUAGUAUUGAAGGAGACAGAACGAAUGGAGGCUGUCUUAAAACAUCCUGCUUUCCAAUCCGAUCCAUUCGCUGCCAUACAUCGGUACCUGGUGAACACCCAACCAGCUCCUAAAGCUGAGCCUGUAAAGAAGAAGUCCAAAGACGAUGCAAAGAAGAAAAGGAAGAAGAUAUCAAAAUCUUCUUCAAAACCACAGUCCAUGGAGAUGUGAAUGGCAAAUUUGGGUGUAUUAGCAACAGCUUUAUCAUCGAUCCCUCUGAAGACAUAUCCAAGAGGUCAAGCUUUGCUGAUGUGGGGCUAUCAUCAUCCGAUGGAAAAAGAAUUUAGUCUGCUUGUUGGCUUGAUUAUCCAUCUUAUAUGGAAAUUUUUAAAAUUAUCAAUAGGUCAUGUAGUAGUUCUUAAAUGAAAGAAUCAUUGCAAACCCAACCACACCAACAGUCUUUUAUGGCUUUAGGUGAGUAGAUGUAGCAAUGUCUUAUCAAAUUCGAACUGCAGUUUUUGUAUGAUUGAAUUUUUUUUUUUUUUGUUAGACAUCUCAAUCGAUUAUAUAAGUUUUCUCUUGGCUCUAA